ACUCUAAAGGGAACCCAUCCUCAUCUGGGUGACAACAGAUAGCAUGAUUAUAAAUAACUCACUUCUAUAACUGCGUCAUAUAGAGUCACAGAGUACAACUGUGUAACCAGGAAGUUCAUUAUAGUUUAACAGGAAGUCUGUUUUGUUGAAGUUAUCAACUGUUCAUUGAUGGAGACUUGAGUGUAAAACUGUUCAUGACGACUGCAGUCCUAAAGUUAUCAUGGGGAUUUUAGUCCAGAGUCAUCACAGCAAAACUAUGGAGUUUCUGGCAUUCAGAUCUGAGAGCCACUGAUGCCCUCAGGGUUAGAGGGCAGUACCAUGGCAAUUGCAGCCCUGUUCCGGGGCAAGUGGAGUCAGAAGGGUCAUCUCUUCAGUUCCAAAGCCCCUCCUACAGCCCCCCUUCCUCAUCACCAGGGUGAGGAUGAUGAUGAUGAAGAGCAGGUGAACAUGCAAGCACCAAUCAGACGCAAUUCUCGUUUUUACAGUUCCAUGAGGAAGAAAAAACAUGCCCAAGGCCACACCCAGGAUCAAAACAGUGAGAGCCCCACCCACUCGCCCAGAGCACCACGUGACUCCAGCAGGACCAGAGCUGCAAUCAGAGCUCCACUAACACACACACAACGCCCUCCAUCGCCUCCACAUUAUGGAGAAGCGUUGCCAGGCAACAAGUGCACUAGAGAAGGCGGAGCUUCCUCUCUGUUGCCGUUAGAGACUGGAGAUUGGCGGCUCAGAGGAGAGAUGGAGGAGCUGAGCACACACAUGAGCCAAGCCUGCAGCAUGCAGGACAAUGAUCCAUACACACACACUCACCGCAUGGUCAGCACACACAACAACACACACAGGAUGGUGACAAGUGGAGAGACAGCGCGGGAGAACUUCAGUCACAGUUUAAACAUAGUGAAGAAUAUUGCGUUCCUGUAUCAGGAGUAUCGGGACUCUUCAGAACAGCAAGAAAUUGAACAGAGGAGGCAGAGAGAUGCCCUUCCUGAGAGAGGCCUGGAGGCAGGGCCAGGGGUCACCACAGGGUUGGGGGUUACAGGGGGUUCAGGGGUCACAGCCCCUGCACUUCAGCUGCAGCUGCGUAACUCAUCUCGCUCUCUGACUUUAUGGCAGAAUCUUGAGGCCGUGCAGGAGAGUGGACUUUUACACACACUCCCUCAAAGAGAGGUCAUACUGCAGGAGGCAAUGUUUGAGUUGGUGACAUCUGAAGCAUCGUAUUAUAAAAGUCUGGAGCUUUUGGAAUCUCAUUUCCUCCAGAACCCACUGCUCAUUAACACACUCAGCCAAUCAGACAUGCACUUCCUGUUCUCCAACAUUGCUGAUGUCAUGAAGGCGAGCGAGAGGUUCCUGAUGGAUCUGGAGCACCGGAUCGAGGAGUCGCUGCUGAUCUCUGAUGUGUGUGACAUCGUGCAUCAUCACGCUAUUCACCAUUUUGAUGUCUUCAUCAGUUAUGUCAUCAACCAGGUUUAUCAGGAGAAGAACUACAGACGCAUCCUGCAGGAGAAACCAGCCUUCAGGGAGAACAUGGCCAUUCUGGAGAAUCAGCCGAAAGUCAGAGGUCUGUCUUUCACCUCGUUCCUGAUUCUCCCCUUCCAGCGAAUCACACGACUCAAACUGCUGGUGCAGAACAUUCUGAAGAAGGUGGAGGAGAAUUCAGAGAGAGAAAGGAACGCUAUAAAGGCUCAUCAGGAGCUUGAGAGGAUUGUGAAGGAGUGUAAUGAAGGUGUGAAGAAGAUGAGCCGCACUGAGGAGCUGAUCAGCAUCGAGAAAACUCUGGAGUUCAAAUCAAAGUCAGUGCCAGUGAUAUCUCACUCCCGGUGGCUCCUGAAGAAAGGCGAGGUUCUGCAGAUGUCUGGGCCAAAGAGCACUCGCACUAUGCGAAGCCGUAAACUGUUCCAUCCUCUUUACCUGUUCCUGUUCAAUAACCUGCUACUCAUCACCAAGCGCAGCUCCAGUGGGGAGAAGUUUCAGGUGUUGGACUCGUGCAGUCGCUCCAUGCUGAGGACCGAGGAUAUGGAGGAUCAGGGCCAGGUCCUGGCGUUUGCGUUUGUGCUCAAACUGCUGGAGAAUCAAGAGGACCGACCAAUUAGCUACAUGCUAAAGACCAACAGCAUGAGUGAGAAACUGCGUUGGAUAUGCGCUCUCACACCAAACCGCAGAACACGAUUCCUCUCAGCCAGUGCACACACACCAGAUUCUUCACAGGUGCAGUGUAUUCAGUCGUACUCAGCUCAGGAACCUGAUGAGCUGUCAGUGGAAAUGGCUGAUGUUCUGCUUGUACUCGAGGAGACAAAUGAUGGUUGGACGAUGGGUGAGCGUCUGCAUGACGGAGAACGUGGCUGGUUCCCGUGCCGCGUGGUGGAGGACAUUAAGAGUGCUGAGAUUCGAGCUCAGAACCUGCGAGAGUGUGAGAGGAUCCAGCAGGCACAGGGGGGAGGAGGGGCCUCCAGGGGACGCUGGAUCCCCAAAAACACAUCCUACACACCCACCUGGACUGACCAAUCAGAGCAGGAGUUCUGAGCCGCACCCUGAACAAGCCCCACCACUGCAUCAGCCUCGAUCAUGUGACCUGAAUCAGAUAAAAUUGUGGACUCACAGGGUCAAAGGUCACACACAUCAGCUGUGUUCCAAUAUGGUGUCCUCAUCUACUUCCCAUAACAAUAAAGCCACACGAGUGUAGAGCAGGAACACAAUCACUGCAGCUAGUGUGCUAAUUAGCUCGCAUGCUAACUCACAGAAUUUCCUGAACGCAGCGUCACUUCUCCGUGGUUCUCACACAUAAAUAUUGCACACACUAAUAUUAGUGACUCGCAUUGUUGAACAGGGACGAGGGGAAAUUGACGAGGCACAGUGACGCGUUUGUGUUUUGAAUGGCUGCUUGUGUUAAACCUGUUGUUGUUUAUGCUGCAUGACGACACGCCACAGUAUCGAUGACGAUGAACAAACUUUAAGAAACUCAGGACUAAUGAAUGUGCUCAGCCACACCUCAGUGACACUGCAGAGUUAUUUUCACACUCCAUGGGAAAGAGACGUGUGUGUGUGUUUUACAGAAACUGUUUGCUAUAUGGAAUGUUGCUUAAAACCGGAAAAAUGAGCAGUACAGGUUUUGUAUGUCCUGCAAUUGAGAGCUUAAUCAAUCACACACAUAGUCUUACACAACUGGUUUAACAGUAAGUGCUUCCUUAAAUAGAAAGCUCAUGCAAUAUGCAGUGAUUUGUGCAGUGUGUGUGUGUGCAUGAUUAUAGAUAAUGACGUUCAUUCUGGGUCACUGGCUGAGUUCCUGUGUAUAGUGAAUGUGUAUUAAGCUCAGUGUGUAAUUUCAGGUGAUUGAUGUUGUGUUUUGUAAAAGAUAAUUUAUUGCAAAUGCAGAAUAAAAUGUUGAAAAGCUCGCG